CAGGGAGCACCAGCCUCCGGAGGUGGGGCUUCCUGUACUGCAGAAAUAGGGUUCUCUGCGGAUACUUUUCCACCGUGGGUAGAAGGCCGACCACAUUGCAAAGCCUAUCUUCCAGAGCUGACCAGGAGGGAAGGGGUGGGUUGAGUGGCUGAGCUGAACACGUGAUACUGCCAGACUGUCCUGGGCCCUCUGUGAGCCUGAGGCUGAAAUCGACGUUUGCCUCUGGCAGGAAAAUGAACUUGUCAGUUUCUGUGUACUUCAGACCUUCAACCCAAAGGAUCCAGAAAUGACAGUAACAAUUUGGCUUAGUAUCUCAAGAACCUCAGAGCUAUAAAGACCCUGCUCCCAGCACCAGGACUACAAAGACGUCACGUGGCAGAGUGGAGCCCGCCUCCUGAUGACGUCACAGUGCUAGCAGCAGACGUACUGAAGAAAGGAUGCCCUAGGAUGCUGUCCAGGUGGACGGCCUCGCUGCAAGAUGCGGCACUGCAGGUGGACUUCUCUUCCAGGAGUAACUAGCAUGGUCAGUGCAGGAGAUAUGAGUACAUCUGGGAACCUAAUGGACUUCCUUGAUGAGCCCUUCCCUGAUGUGGGGACCUAUGAGGACUUCCACACCAUAGAUUGGCUGAGGGAAAAGUCUCGGGACACUGACAGACACAGAAAGAUAACCAGCAAAAGUAAGGAGUCGAUCUGGGAGUUCAUUAAGAGCCUUCUGGAUGCAUGGUCAGGAUGGGUAGUGAUGCUACUAAUUGGGUUGCUGGCAGGUACCUUGGCUGGAGUCAUUGAUCUCGCUGUUGACUGGAUGACAGACCUGAAGGAGGGGGUCUGUCUGUCUGCCUUCUGGUAUAGCCAUGAGCAGUGUUGCUGGACCUCCAAUGAGACCACUUUCGAGGAUAGGGACAAGUGUCCCCUGUGGCAGAAGUGGUCAGAGCUUCUCCUGAGCCAGUCAGAGGGUGCCAGUGCUUAUAUUCUGAAUUACUUAAUGUACAUUCUGUGGGCAUUGCUGUUUGCAUUUCUCGCUGUCUCCCUGGUACGUGUGUUUGCACCAUAUGCCUGUGGCUCUGGCAUACCUGAGAUAAAGACUAUUUUAAGUGGCUUCAUAAUCAGAGGCUACUUGGGGAAAUGGACCCUGCUAAUCAAGACUGUCACCCUGGUACUGGUUGUGUCCUCCGGCCUGAGCCUUGGGAAAGAGGGGCCACUGGUGCAUGUGGCUUGUUGCUGUGGCAAUUUCUUCAGCAGCCUUUUCUCAAAGUAUAGCAAGAAUGAGGGCAAGAGGCGUGAGGUGCUUUCAGCUGCAGCUGCAGCUGGUGUCUCUGUGGCCUUCGGUGCUCCUAUAGGAGGUGUGCUCUUCAGUCUAGAGGAGGUCAGUUACUACUUUCCUCUGAAAACCUUGUGGAGGUCAUUUUUUGCAGCCCUGGUGGCAGCCUUCACACUGCGUUCCAUCAACCCCUUUGGAAAUAGUCGCCUGGUUCUUUUUUACGUGGAGUAUCAUACACCCUGGUACAUGGCUGAACUCUUCCCCUUCAUCCUACUUGGAGUCUUUGGGGGUUUGUGGGGAACCCUCUUUACACGCUGCAACAUUGCCUGGUGCAGGAGGCGUAAAACCACCAGGUUGGGGAAGUACCCAGUGUUGGAGGUCAUUGUGGUGACAGCCAUCACAGCCAUCAUUGCCUAUCCCAAUCCAUACACUCGUCAGAGUACCAGUGAGCUCAUCUCUGAGCUGUUCAAUGACUGUGGGGCUCUUGAGUCCUCUCAGCUCUGUGACUACAUCAAUGACCCCAACAUGACUCGGCCUGUGGAUGACAUUCCGGACCGGCCAGCUGGGGUUGGGGUUUAUACAGCCAUGUGGCAGCUGGCUUUGGCAUUGAUCUUCAAAAUAGUCAUUACUAUAUUUACCUUUGGCAUGAAGAUUCCCUCAGGCCUCUUCAUCCCCAGCAUGGCCGUAGGAGCCAUGGCAGGCCGGAUGGUGGGAAUUGGUGUGGAGCAGCUGGCCUACCAUCACCAUGACUGGAUCAUCUUCAGGAACUGGUGCAGGCCUGGAGCGGACUGUGUCACACCAGGACUCUAUGCAAUGGUGGGAGCUGCAGCCUGUCUAGGUGGAGUAACUAGGAUGACAGUGUCACUGGUGGUCAUCAUGUUUGAAUUGACUGGAGGUCUGGAGUAUAUUGUACCCCUGAUGGCAGCGGCUGUCACCAGCAAGUGGGUGGCUGAUGCCUUUGGGAAAGAGGGAAUUUAUGAAGCCCACAUCCAUCUGAAUGGUUACCCAUUUCUGGAUGUGAAGGAUGAGUUCACCCACCGUACCCUGGCCACUGAUGUGAUGCGGCCCCGGAGGGGAGAACCAUCAUUGUCGGUAUUAACCCAGGACAGCAUGACUGUGGAGGAUGUGGAAACACUCAUCAAGGAGACAGACUACAAUGGCUUUCCUGUAGUGGUCUCCAGAGACUCGGAGCGCCUUAUUGGCUUUGCCCAGCGGCGGGAGCUGAUCUUGGCUAUAAAAAAUGCCAGACAGAGACAGGAGGGUAUUGUGAGCAAUUCCAUCAUGUACUUCACAGAGGAGCCCCCUGAGCUGCCAGCCAACAGCCCGCAUCCACUGAAGCUGAGACGCAUUCUGAACCUGAGCCCUUUCACUGUCACAGACCACACCCCCAUGGAGACAGUGGUGGACAUCUUUCGGAAACUGGGGCUCCGGCAAUGCCUCGUGACACGGAGUGGGAGACUUCUUGGGAUCAUCACAAAAAAGGAUGUUCUGAGACACAUGGCCCAGAUGGCAAACCAGGACCCUGAAUCCAUCAUGUUUAAUUAGCAAUAAAGUGGCAAUUAUUUUGAAAAGACCAAUAACUAUAUAAUUUUUAAGGAAAUAAUCAAAUGAUACAUUAUGAUCCUAAUGAAAAAAACAUAUGCUGAAAGCCUUUUUUGAAAGUAGGGGGAGAAGAAUAAAACAUUUUUUAAAUGGCCAAACCAUAAAUUAGUAGGCAUUUUAUAGCUUUAACCUCUUACAAGUUCCAAGCUGUAUUUCUUAAUAAAUUUACUAACUGCUUUGGAGGCACGUGGGAGGGUGUAAAUGGCAUGAGUUAUAUGAAGACAUGAAACACAAGAAACUUUUAUGCCUUUGCUCAAGGUUGAUAUUUGUAAUUUUGGAGGAAAUGUGAAGCUUUGCAUCCAAAAGAGAAAAAGGGGGAUCAGCAUGAUACUGUUUAUAUACUGGUUCCUAAAAAUUUGUUAUUAUGUUAAGGAAUCAUACUGAAGAUAUUGUGCUUACUUUGUUGGAAAAGAAAAGAAAAUUAAAGUUGGAUACAGUGAAAGCUACAAGAAGACCCAGAUGGGUGAUCUACUUGUGGCCAUCUCAUUUCGUGCUUUUGUUCUCAAGUCCAUUGUUUUACUUCUUUAUCAGUCUGAACCAGUAUCAGUGGUACCCACUAUAGUGAGCAUGAAGAAACCCCAUCUAUAUAGAAGACCGAUCAUUUGAGACUGGACAGUGAACUUUGGAUCACAGAGUGCUAUGCGGAUGGUUCUCUUAUGAAAGGGACAUAUUUUUAUUUUGAGGGGACACCUGCCUCAUCACUGAUUUGUAACAUAAAAGCAUCAGCUUCUUUAUAUAGUUACUUGUGCAUUUGAUGUAUUGAUUGAUCAAUCCAGCACUUUCCAUGGAUUAUUGAUUGUGCGCUCCCAGAUUGUUGUAGUACAUUUUCGUUUCCAAGUAGCAUGUGCAAUACUCAAAAAACAAAACAAGACAAAACAAACAAGCAAACAAAAAAAACAUCUACCCAAUGUUUCUACUUAACCUUCUUCUCGGGUCUAUCAGAUAGAGCCAUGAUGAGAGUGAGGCAUAUAAGUUCUCAGUGUGAACUCUUCCAAAUGGAUUAUGAGAGAAAUUGUAAUUGUUUCUAAAUUUGUUCCAUUCUCUUCUCUGUAUGAUAUAAAAUGUCCAGUUUUAAUUCUGAAACAUGCAUUUUCAAACUAGCACUCACAGCACAGGACAAAGUUACAUUUUAUAUGGCCAAUUGGAGCAUUGUGUCUCUGUAUUUCAACUUAAUGAUACUGUUAUUCUUUUAGUUUUGUACUUCUGUCUUUUCUGCAGGAAAGAAUUAAUGUUUCAUGUCCAUUUCAUGAUCUGUGUGAGAUUUAUGUCAUUUCACUUCAUUUGGCCAUUUUCACUGAGUAAUCAUCAUUCUUUUCAAUCUUCUUGUCUUUGGAUGUUGAUAUAUCAGGUACAUGUGUGCUUGAUUGUAUGUAACAGAAAACCCAACUGACUGUGAGUCUAAGUAAAAAACCUGGGAAAAGGUCACUCCAGGACUGUCCCCACACUAUUGCCAGGAUUCCAAAUUCUUCUGGUAUUUCAUUUUUCACUUUUCUUAUCCCCUGUCAUUUGGCUUAGAACCUCAUACAUGUAAAAAUAUUGCCCAGGUGCCAGGUGUGACGUUGACAUUCUGUGUGGAAAGAGGGAGGUCAAGAGAGGAGUAACAAUUGGCUGGAAUUCUGUCACAUGCCCCAUCCUCCUAGAUGUCAGUGAGUACAGGAAGGGUAUCUUAGCUAGACAUAUUUCUGAAUGAAAUUUAGAUUCUGUUAAUAAGGAAGGGGGCUUGGCUUUGGUGAAGGGAAUGUGUUUGUCAUAUUAAAGCCCAACAUCAUGUUCGUACCAUUAUCUUUGUUGUUUUUUACUCUCUCAUCCUUAACAACCCUUCCAAACAUCCCUCCCAACAUUCUUAUAGCAUUUUGGCAUCUUACCCUUUCUUUCACAUUUAAGAAUCCAUUUAUCAGGCCUAGUAAGAAAUUUAAUUUUGAAUAUAGCCUUAACUACAAAUGGGUUUCUGUGAAUCUUCUCAUUGUUACAGGAAAUACGUAUUCUGGGAAGAAAACAUUUUAAGUCAGAUCAUGCUGACAAGUGUGAAAAUUAUAGUUCUAAGUAUUUUGUUUCUGUAACUAAUUGUCUCCCUCUGAAAUAACACUAAAUAGACACAUCAGUGUGAAAAUAUCUAGGUAGUAGAGGAGAUUUUAAGCCUUGGCUAGAGAAUGAAGUUCAUUGUCUCGUUCCCAGUAUGUAAAUAUUAAGUAGUAGAUCCUAAUGUUAGGACUGUUAUUAGGUUUUGCAUGGAACAUUUGUAAAUGAAGCUGAGUUCUUCUGGACUGUAAAUUCUAAGUGUGAAAGAUUACUUCAUGUGGUUCUCUUCUUUUGCCCAGGUAGCUCCCCUCAGAGCUGGUCUGUAAUGGAAGGAGAGUAUUAGUUAUAACCUGGUCUUCUAUAAUCCCUGAGUCCCCAAGCCCUGUUUUUCGUUGUUGUUGUUUGUUUUUUCUUGUGUUUGUAUGUGUGUGCAUGAAAUAGUUUAAAAACAAUGCAUGGCAAUGGAAGCAAUAGCCAAAGGACAGCAAAACCACAUAAUUUCCCUCUAAUCCAUCAAAAUUCAUGGAGGAUGAUAAGGGGAUAACUUUACUCUAGACCAAAGUUUUCAGGAAAAUCUGAAAGCAUUGUGUCUUUCUACAUGUGCUUACCAUGGAGAUGCUGAGAAGUCAUGGAAAUAAUUGAAAGUGUUAGUAGACUGAAAUAAGCCAGUCUCCUUUUCAUUAGCAAAUUUAUACUCUAAUGUGGGGUUAAGGAGCAAAGUUGUGGUCAGACAGGCAGGUUAAGGUCAAGUAUGGGGAGUGUGCUGUGGAGACUCCAGGGAGUCCAUCUCCUCAUGAUGUUUUUUUUGUUUUUGUUUGUUUGUUUGUUGUUUUUUUUUGCCAUUGAAUAAGCUCCCAGGUGAACACACUGCCCUGUUCUUUGUCACUCUUAUGAAAGCACCCAGAUAGGAACUCUGAGUGAGGGUAUUUGCUGUAUGCCAGUAUAAAGCUUGGUGUGAUAAGAACUGCAACAAGGAGGAGAAAUAAACAGCUUUUCCAAUAAUGCUCCUCCUGCUUUCCAGAACCAAAAUGUUCAGGCAUCUGUAAAAUUUUCUGGAGUCUUUCUGAUUCCAUUCUUAAUACUAAAGCAAAACAAUAGAAAACGUACAAUAAAGCCAAUGUGUUUUCUACUGAGGCACACCACCGGUUUCUUGUACUCCCUCUCUGUUACUAAGAAAAUGGUUAUAAAACACCAAAGAAUGGCUACCCCCAAAAGACAUGUGGAUUUAUUCCUGGUGUGUUUCAGUGUGUCUCAGGGGAAUGCAGAUGUUCCUGUGGCUUUUAGGGACAGGCAAAUGUGCCAGAAGGAAAUUUUCAAGUAUUCAGCCCUCACUGUUCCCAAAAACAGUUCUCUACUCAGCACUUCCCAAAGGCCUUUCCAAGGAGAGUAUGUAAACAGAUACAUUUUGAACCCAAUAAAGCACAGAAACUGGAAAUUUGAGAAUAAUUUGUUACAUUUAGGUGAGAAUGAUUUACUUUAAGUUAUCAUAUGAAUACUCUGAUCAGUAUUCAUUAUCACAUGCUGUGCUGGAGAUGAGAAACUAACAAAGGAGAACAAUGGAAUCCCCACAUAAUCACAAUAUUCUACCUUUUGGAUUUAGGCAGUGGUAUAUCAGAUUCUGCUUCUAACCUUUGAAAUGAUUUACAUGAGUGCAGAGCCAGCAUAUCUGACUUGGGAAACAUUACUCAGAUUUCAGUUUGCCAGCAUGGUAAUAACUAUUUGCCAUACUAUGUGAGCUGGGAAUGAGCCCGUGUGUGAGUUUUACGGAAUAUAUUUGUUAUUAUUUUUAAAAAUUGAUGCACACAACAGAUAUUAUAUGAAAGAGGUUUAUUGGAUAGAGAUGAAGAGAUAGAGGGAAAGACAGAGUGAGACAUGAUUGGGGGAGGGGGAUCGCUAAUGGAGAGAGAGAAUAGAGUAGAAGAGAGAUUUAAGUACAAGACACAGCAAGAGAGAGGUAAGGGGCAGGGGUCCUUUUAUCCUAGGCGCCUGUGGGCAACGACCAAUGAUGACAUCAUAGAUUAUGAGGCAACCAAGAAGCUGGCUGCCUAAAUGCUAAUAAUACUCACAUUUAGUUUUGCCACAACCACAUAGUAAUGUGUUGUUGUUUUUUUUAAAUAAAAAACUGUAAGACUGUGUAAACAUUUGUACCUUAUUAAAAAUGAAAUGUUUGAACUCUA